UGCGUGCCCCUUCCCGAGGGCGGCGACCGGCACCGGGGAAAGUUCCCGGGGGAAGGGACCGCGGCCGGGGCCGGCAGCGGCAGCAGGUGGCUCUGGGCUGUCCCCAUGGCAGAGAAAACAGCAUCCCGGGUCUCGGACCACAGCUGGGUGCUGGCGGGCGGCGAGUGUCUGCCUGUCGACACGGUGGGUCCAGAGCAGGAUUUGGCCUCCCACGGGGCUGAGGAUGAGGAGCUGGAGGAGGAGGAAGGCACGCAGGACACCAUCACAGCUGUGGCCGCCAAUGGCACAGCCACCUUCCCCGGCCAGACCCAGCACCCAGAGAGCAGCGAGCUGGGGGAUCUGGAGGAGUGUUGGGACCCCAGGGCUGGGGCGGUGCCUGCCCCAGAUGGCUCCACAGAGCCCGAUGUGCCGGAUGGUGAUGAGCAGGAGGAGCACGAUGCCGAGGCUGAGCCGGGACCCUGCCCUGACAGCCCCAUAGCAGGGCCACCAACGGAGGAGGGGAGCUGCACCGGCAGUGACGAUGAUGUGGAGGGGCUGCGGCGACGGCAGGGCCACGAGCCCUGUCCUGGGCCCCCCCCUCCUGUGCCUGCCCUGCACCAAGGGACACUGGAUGCCGGUGACGGGGAUGGGCUCAGCAUGAGCAAGUACCUGCUGGGUGCCUUGGCACUGGUGGCUGUGGGGCUGCUGAUCGUCUCCGGUGGCAUCUACGACCCGGUGGAUGGUCCCAUGGAGAACGUGGUGAGCCGGGACGUGGCAGCCAGGGAGCAGGAGUUGCUGCUGCCCACAGAUGGCAAUGACUCGCAGCAGAAGGCCCCCUUGUCAGACGCCGGGAACCCCCAGAGCGUGCAGUCUGUGAGCCUUCUCCUGGACAAGCUGGCCAAGGAGAACCAGGAGAUCCGGCUCAUGCAGGCGGAGCUGCAGGCCCACAAGGAAGAGCUGCACGCCCUGCUGCAGAAGAGCGAGGGUGAGCCGGUGGCGGCUGGGGCGCAGCAGCAGAGCCUUGCCGCGGAGAAUGCGCGGCUGCGCGCGGCACUGGAGCGGGAGGCCGCCGCGCUCCGUGACACCCAGGCUGAGCUGCAGCACCUGCGAGCUGCAGGGGCACCGGGCAGCCCCCGGGCUGGGGAGCCGGCGGCAGAGCAGCCCCCCAGCACGGGUGCCUCAGCCCAUGGUGAGGAUGCAGCACGGCGCGAGGGUGCCUGGCGGCAUGGCUGGCUGGCUUCGGUGCGGCAGGAGCUGGUGGGUGCUCUGGAGCGGGCACGGGGCCCCGGGAGUCUUGAGGGGCUCAUGGAGGAGCUGAGCGCCCUGGAGCAGCGCCUGGGCCAGGAGCUGGAGGUGGCCGAGCCCUUCCCUGGGCCCUGGAAGAAGCCCUUCAAGGCAGAGAAGAAGGAGAGCAGGUGGCACAAGCGGCAUGGUGCCGGGCGGGGCCCCCAUGAGCGGGAGAGGAGGGAGCAGACCAAACCCCACAGGCCUGGGAAGGACCCCCGGCCCCCCCGGGAGCACAAGCCAGGGAAAGCCUGGGGGAAGUCGUCUCAUGCCCCCCCCCAGCGCGGCCCCCGCGAGCUGCCCCCUCUCAGCUGGUACCAGGCACCCCAGGGUUGCUCGGGGGUGGCUGACUGCGCCCGCAAGGAGGGCUGGGAGGUGCUGGGGGCUGCGCUGAAGCCGGUGCAGAAGGCAGAGUUCCUGCGGCUGCUGGAGGGCUUCAUGGGGCGGCUGGGCUGGGGGGGGCACUUCGGGCGGCUGGCAGCACGGCUGGACGGCGCCUUCGGGGCCGACGGCACCUUCGCCCACGACCGCCUGCGCUUUGUCGACUUUGUGGAUGACGUGGAGGAGCUGCUGGAGGAGGUGGCGCGGCAGGAGCAAGGCAACAAGGAGGCGGCCGACGGUUUCGAGGAGUAUGUGCUGCGGCAUUACGCCGGGGACGGCGGUGCCGCUGGGAAGGAGCAGGGCCGGAAAGCCUCGCGGCAGCACAGCAUCAGGGGGGUAGAGCCGCGGGGGGCAAUGCCGUAGUGUGCUGGGGCGGCUGCCGCACUGCAAGCCUUCGUCCAGCACCCCCAGGCAAGGGCUCCCCAUGGGCUGUGUUUGGGGGACCUGGAGGCUGCUGUUGCACCCCACAGGGCCAGGUCCCCGACGGGACGUGCUGUGUGAUGCUGCACUGUCACCCCACAAUAAAGUCACCGCUGGGCUGA